ACAUACUCACACCACACAGAAAGCUCAACACAACACGACUUUCUCAUCACAACCCCAAUUCAUUAACUUCUUCGAUCCUUAUAAUCCCAUAACCCCCCCAAUCUCAGCUCACCAAGGAAAAAAAAAAAGAAACAAACAUGUCCGGCCCCGACUACCCUGCAGAUUUCUUUGGUGAUCAUGAGAAUGAUGGGCAUUCAUUCUUUCCAAAAAACGACAACGAGAGUGAUUUAAAUAGCAAGAUCAUGCUCACAGCUAUUGUAUCAUUAUCUGCGGUGAUUGUGCUUGUUGUUGCGUUACACAUAUAUGCAAGGUGUAUUCUAAGGAGACAAGCUCGUCAGCGGUUUGCUUUGCGUCAACUAGGCUUAACCGUGGCUCAUGUUCGCUCUAACGAGCCCCCCAAGACGGGUCUUGAUCCUCUGGUCAUUCAGUCAUUGCCCAUGUUUGUGUUCAAGCAAAGGGAUGCUGAGGAUGGUGCUGCCUCGACUAUAAUUGAGUGCGCGGUCUGUUUAAGCGUGUUAGAGAACGAAGAGAUUGCGAGGUUGCUUCCUAAUUGUAAGCACAUUUUCCAUGCGGAGUGCAUAGACAAGUGGUUAAGUUCACACUCCACGUGUCCUAUUUGUCGAACCGAGGCUGAGCCGCGGGUUCUUCCCGUGCCCCGUGAGGGUCCGGCAGGUCUAGCAGCUGGUGGUGGUGGUGGUGCACCCAAUGCUCCACCUAUGGAUUGUGUCAAUUCGGGUUUGUCAUGCAUGGAAGGGACCUCAUAUGGUGUUACCAACUCUUCGGAAAAGGUCAGUGGUUCAAGCUCAAGAUUAAAUUCAUUCAAAAGGAUGCUUAGUAGGGAAAAAUCAUUGAAAAGGAUUCAUUCUUGUGGUGAAGACGAUGAUAUAGAAGAUUUAGAGAGACAGUGAUUACACUAAAGUUAAAAUCUAAUGCAAGAUUUUACUCUUUUGGAAUAAAGCGUAAUUAUUUUACAUUUUGAUUAUAGCUUUAUGAUUGAGUACAUAAAUAUACAUGAGAGAGAGAAAUUUACAAAACUUGGUUCUAGUGAUGAAUAGACCAAGACAAAAUGGUUGUCAGAUUUUUAGAAUUUCUAUAUAUUUUUGUAAAGUUUGACAAUUUUGUACUUAAUACAUUGUUUACUAGUAAUUUUACUUG